GUGAGGCUGAUGAUGAGGGGGAAAGUGUUCUUUUUGGAGAGUCAGAAUACAAGACUGUCAUGAAAGAAAUGAACUCUUUAUGACAAGUAUUUGGGGCACACGGGACCCGCAUUCAGACGAACAUCCUUCUGUGGAAAGGAUUAACUGGUGUUUAAGGGGUUUAAAAAGUGAACUGAAAGAGCAGACAAGAGUCGAACAAAUAUGGCAACUGCUCAGAAACAAAGGACUACUUUGAGUACGACCAUAUUUCCCAACAAAAUAGCAACCGAGCAGCAGUCGCUGAUAUUGGUGAAGAGACUGCUGGCGAUCGCUGUCUCCUGCAUUACCUAUCUGAGAGGCAUCUUCCCAGAAUGCGCAUACGGGACGAGAUAUUUAGACGACCUCUGUGUGAAAAUACUGAGAGAGGAUAAAAACUGCCCUGGCUCCACUCAGCUGGUGAAAUGGAUGCUGGGAUGCUAUGAUGCGCUGCAGAAAAAAUAUCUCAGACUAAUCAUGUUGGCGGUCUACACUGAUCAAGAGAACCCACAGACAGUUACAGAGUGCUAUCAGUUUAAGUUCAAGUACACCGACAAAGGACCAUCAAUGGAUUUCACAAGUAAAAACCAGGGGAACAAUUCCAACAUCACGUGUGGGGACACUAAGAAAGCAAGUAUCCUACUGAUAAGGAAGAUUUAUGUCCUCAUGCAGAAUCUGGGUCCUCUCCCUGAUGAUGUCUGCCUAACAAUGAAACUCUUCUAUUACGAUGAAGUGACUCCAGCCGACUACCAGCCUCCCGGCUUCAAAGAGGGCGAUUGCGAGGAGGUCAAGUUCGCGGGGGAACCUACCUACCUAAACGUCGGCGAGGUCCCCACCCCUUUUCACAGGUUGAAAGUUAAAGUGACGACCGAGAAAGAGCGGAUGGAACGGGUCGAUAAAGCCAUACUGACGCAAAACAACUCUUUGAAUUCGCCAAAUGCAUGCCACCCGGGCGAAGGAGAGGGACGGGAAAUGGAUGAGGAUUUUAUUCCAGAAGAUAAGAUGAGGCCACAGAAAACCACACGCGAGUCUCUGACUGCUGGAGAACCGAAUUUAGUAUGCGAGGAAAACGAAGACGGAAAUAUAAAACCAGCAGGAGAAGCUUCCAAUGUCUCCAUCAAUAAUUCUCAGGUGUCGCAGCUAAUAAAUAAGACAUCAGAACUUGAAGUAGCAGAAGGCAAGACUCGAAGCGGGAAGAGAUUCCACGGCAAUACAGCGGGCGCAGAAAGCAGCAGAAAGCAGUUGGCGGCGGCAGCCAGGGCCCAGAAGAGAUGUAGCUCAGAAUCAGUCAAGCCAAUCAGUCAUUUCGACUUCGAUUCUAGUCAAGAGUCCGGACGCAAGCGGCGAAAAUUUAGUGAACCGGAAUAUUAAACAUUCACAUCCCAGCGUCUCUAUUUUGCUUCUAGAAUUCUUCCCGAAGCUGAUAUAUAUUGGUUUAGAAAGAGCAUGUUUUAAACUGUUAACAGCACUGAAUAUUCUUCAGUGCUUUUCUUUACAGUCAGAAAUAUAGGACUUUAAUCCAGAGAUACAUAACGUUCAACGUCACGAAGCUCACAUUUCGUCAUCCAUAACCUGCAUGUUAAUAUUUUCAGAUGUUCUCAACAAAUAUUGUUCAAAGUAGAUGUUUAUGAUGAUGACUGAAAACAGAACCUGUUUUUAAUCCUUUAGAAAGCAUGUCACGAAAAUGAAUUUUAAAACUUGAAACUAUAAAAUUGUUGAACUAGAAAUAAGAAAGUUAGGAUGUUAUCUAUUCUUAUAAACAACUGGGCAUAUAGAUUUGUUAAAAAGCGGUUUAUAUGUUCUUAUUACUAGUGUGUAUGAUAAAUAGCGAAUGUAUGUGUGAGAAAAUGUUAUCCAAACAUAGCGGUUAUUUUGGGGGUUGAGCUGAGCUCUUUAUCAACUUUAAAUUAAUGAUUUUGGGCCAAUACUAUUGACAGAUGCUAUAUCAAUGAGAAGAAAAGGCUCAUAAUUAAGGGCCUGAUAACGAUAAAGUUAAUCAUACCCAAGUCCUAUGGCAUUACAACUGACUUAAGUCCCAUGGAUUUCCACAUUUUGGAGGCAUAUCUGGGGCUUUUUUUCUGGACUAACAGUUAUGGGACAAUCCAAUUUUAGGCCAAACUCGAGCCGAUCCAUAGAAAUCAAUGGGACUUUUACAUAAUACAGAUCAAUAACCCCCAUUCCUUUCAUCGCCUUUGCCGUAGUUGGGCCGAAAUUUGGUUUUUUAACUUUGACGUAGCUUGUUUUUCUCUUUGCUACGGAGGCAUUACCAAACUUUUUAAAGAAAACACGUUAAUAAUUUUUAUGCUGUAAAAACCUUGAAACGUAAUGGGAGGUAUUAUUUUUGACUCGAGCGCAUAUUGAUUCCUAAUGAAUGGUUUAUAGACGUCUGCCAUGCUUUCUGUUUUAGGUCCUCCGGUUUUACAGCCCCAAUAAAAUAUUUACAGUUUGAACAAGCAA